UUUUCAAGUGUUCCUUCUUCCUCCUCUCCUUUUUAGGGUUUAUGCAUAGAGGACGGAUUUUCAAGCCGAUUCUUUCUAAUUAAUCUGUUUCCAUCCGUUAUCAUUAGCGAUUCCAGAUAAAAUAUCUGAGAUGAGCGAUUAGCGCCGUAAUAAGGCGAUCGGAGAAGAAGCAGAAGAAUGUCGUUUUCUCUUACGCCGCAACAACAGCCUGCUCAGCAGCAACUUUUCACACCGCAGCAACCAUCUCCAUUUCAACAGACUAGUCCGUUUUUUCAGUCGCAACAGCAGCAGCAGCAGCAGCAGCAACAACAACAACAACAACAACAGCAAUUGCAACAACAGACGUUUCAACAGCAGCAACAACAACAGCAAUUGCAGCAGUUUCAGCAGCAGCAACAACAACAACAACAACAACAACAACAGCAACUUUAUAUUUUCACCAAUGAAAAGGCUCCUGCCACUUAUAGCACCAAAUGGGCAGAUCUUCAUCCCGAUUCCCAGAAACAUCUCCUUCAGAUAGAGGAAAGAAUACUGGAGUAUAGGGAUGAGAGCCAGAGGCUUGAGCAGUGCAGUAGACUUUAUGAUUCAUCGGUUUCAAGUGACGGGUUUGAGUCUGAUGCAAGCUUCACUGUCCAGGAACUUGGUGGUAUCAGUACAGCAAUGGAACGGCAGAAAGCUGUUCAACAAGAGUUGAUGGCUGUUGUGAAAGAUAUGCUACGCAACACAGAGGUUGCUGUUCGUUCUUUUUUGAUGUUACGACCAAGGUUUCUUCAUCUUAAAUCUGGUGCUGCUCCUAACAGUGCUGCAAUAGUACAAGCUUCAGGGGCAACUGGAACUGGCCAGUCUAUGACCACUGCUGCUAUACCAGUAUUUGAUUUCUAUAGUGGUGUCCCCAGGAAACCUUCUCCAUUUUUGCAGCAGACAGUUUCAAGAUUCGAUAAGUACCUUGGUGAGUGCCUUCAGCUGAUUGAAGAAUUGGAGCAAUUGCUCAUUGUGGAUUCUGAUAGGAAUGGCUUAAACUCUGGCUCUUCAUUGUUGCAAGUACUCCCCAAAACUAUGUCAAAUGUACAUGACUUUUUUGUUCAUGUGGUGGCAAGGGUUGAAAGCAUCCAUCAGUAUAUAGGAUCCAUGAGAACUGCAUAUCUUGCAAACCAGCGACGCCUAGGUCUUUACAAUGAUCCAUUUCUGGAAGCAGAUAGGCGUGAAACAGCAAAGGAAGAAGCUGCAGCUAGGAGAGUACACCCAACUUUGCAUCUUCCUGCAAUUUCUCAACCUUCAACUCAGGUUUCAGGAUUAACAACAUCUACUGUACCAACUGCCCCACAAACAACUACAGCAAUUCCAGCUGCUUCAUCUGCUAGUGGAUCCUCUCUCUUUGCUACUCCAUCUGUUGGAACAUCAUCAUCGUCUCUGUUCUCAACUCCAGCUGUUGCUGCUACUUCAUCACCAUCCUUAUUUGGAGGUUCUGCUGCUCCUGUCCAAACUUCACUUUUUGGUACUUCCACUCCUGCCAUUGGUGGCUCAUCAUUAUUUGGUUCCACCCCUUCGGUUGCAGUUCCAAGUUUCUCAACUCCAUUUGCUUCAGCUGUUGUACCUGGUUCAGGAGCAAGCUUCGGAACAGCAUCGAAACCUAGAGCAAAAGCUCGAGCAGGCAGACGUUAGACAAAGAUCUGUCUGAUUGAUUGUCUUUUGGCGGCUUGGAACAAUUGUGAACUCUUAUUUAAUCUACUAUUUAUUUUUAUUUAUUUUUGUUUCGGAAUGAAAUUUAAACUUCAGUUUUAGUAAAAUAUAUUGUAAAAUGUUCCUAUUUAUCAUUGUGGAAGGUACUUUUAGGUUGCAGCUGUUGUUUUA